CCCCAUCCCAUGCAUGAUCUCACCGAUUCCCGAUGGACGACCACAAGCCACGAGUUUUCUUCUUUGCUAUCCUUUCGUUCUUUUAUUGUCUAACUCCUCCAAUGAGCCAUGCCCAGUUGCUUCCCAUAGUCGAAGAUGAUGCAGCGAAAAUCCAAACCUACAUUGUCCAUGUUGAAAGGCCCGGGGGAUCGGAGUUCCUUAGUAGCGAAGAUCUGGAGAGCUGGCACAAAUCCUUCCUGCCGAACACCACUCUAGACUCCGGCGAGCCACGGCUCAUCUACUCAUACCGUGAUGUCAUCAGUGGAUUCGCCGCGAGACUGACUCCACACGAAGUGAAAGCCAUGGAAGCAAAGAAGGGAUUUAUAUACGCUCACCCAGACCAAUUGCGCCCGCUCGCAACAACCUACACCCAUAAAUUCUUGGGGCUGAACAACUGGACUGGCGGCAUAUGGUCGAACACCUUCUUUGGACAAGGAAUUGUCAUCGGCGUCCUUGACACCGGCAUCCUCCCGACGCAUCCAUCAUUCCAUGACUGGGGAAUGCCGCCUAAGCCGGUCACAUGGAAAGGGACAUGCGCGCCUUCUAGUGGCGUCAGGUGCAACAGAAAGAUCAUCGGCGCCGUAGGAUUCCAUAAAGGAAAGUUGGAGUCCGUCAACGACACCAAUGGGCACGGCACGCAUGUGGCCAGCACGGCAGCUGGAAACUUUGUCGACGAUGCCUCGGUUCUCGGCAUGGCCAAGGGCACAGCUGCUGGGAUGGCACCGAAGGCUCACUUGGCUAUCUACAAAGUAUGCUUUAAGGAUGGCUGUGGCCUGUCCGACGAAUUAAAAGCCAUAGACCAAGCGAUCCAGGACGGCGUCGAUGUGCUUUCGAUGUCCUUAGGUGGAAACGGGACCAAAAGAUUUGACCUUGAUAGCAUUGUGCGCGGUUCACUAUCAGCGCUAUCUCAUGGCAUAUCGGCCGUCGCAGCCGCAGGGAACGACGGCCCAAUGGAGAGCUCAUUGUCCCGCGACGCACCGUGGGUUCUGACGAUCGGAGCAAGCUCCACCGACAGAAGAAUAAGGGCGACAGUGAGGCUUGGAGAUGGAACAGAAUUGGUCGGCGAAUCCGCAUACCAGCCCAGCUUGUUCAAUGCCUCCGGUCCAUGGCCGAUCGUCUUCCCUGGAGAACAUGGAGAUUUUAACAAAACAUACUGCCUCAAGAACUCUUUGGAUAACGUAGAUGUUAGAGGGAAGAUCGUCUUAUGUUGGCGGGGAGUAGUAGGGAACGUUGAGAAGGGCAAGGUGGUACAUGACGCUGGAGGAGAUGCAAUGGUACUUGGUAACAUAAUAAGCCGAGGGUACACCACUUCUGCUGAUCCCCAUGUCCUUCCAGUCGCUCAAAUCAGCUACAGGGAUAGGAUAAUGUUUCAAAAGUACUACAAUUCUGGAUCAAAAUCCAAAGGCUUCACCCCUAAUGCAACGAUUAUCUUCAAGCACACAGUUUUCGGAUACCGACCAUCUCCAGGAGUUGCUUCGUUCUCUUCCAGAGGCCCGGCUACGAUGAAUGGGGGCAUCCUGAAGCCCGACGUCCUCGCUCCCGGCGUGAACAUUCUGGGAGCGUGGCCAUUCGACGUUGGCCCGAGCCCCUCGGCCUUAGCUACCAAGACGUUCAAUUUCUUGAGUGGCACAUCGAUGGCAACACCUCACGUGUCGGGAAUCGUCGCGCUGAUAAAGAACAAGCACAGAAACUGGUCGCCGGCCUACAUCCAGUCAGCGAUUAUAACUUCGGCUCGGGAUCUGGACCUCGAUGGCAACCUCAUCGUCGACGAGAAUUCCAAUAAGACGGCUAGUAUCUUCGCGACCGGUGCUGGACAGGUGAAUCCAGCUGGAGCCCUGGAUCCAGGCCUCGUCUAUAACAUCCACCCGGAUGACUACAUCGGUUAUGUUUGUCGUUUGAAUUACUCGGACCGCCAAGUCAAGACUCUCUUCAACCGGACGAUUCGAUGCUCCACUGUGCAAACUAUCGAAGCAUCAUCGCUGAACUACCCAUCGAUCAUGGUGUCGCUGCCACGCAAUUCGCGUCAGGCGGUGACAGUUAAUCGAACGGUGACGAAUGUCGGCGACGCCAACUCAGUUUACGAUGCUAGGAUUACUAACCCGACCGGAGUGAUGGUGGAUCUCUCCCCGUACCAGCUACUUUUUAACAGGCAAGGCCAGGAGAAGAGUUUCCAAGUGACUCUAAGGAUCUCUGGCUCUGGUCCGGGGAAAACCUCCACUGCAAGAGGAAAACUGGAAUGGAUUUCCAACAGCAACAAGUAUGUCGUGAAGAGCCCCAUCGCCAUUAAAUUUGUUUGACAUUCCAUACACAGGCUCCGCCUACGUACGUACGUAAAUAAAGCGGAGGGCAAAGUAGUAUGUUCUCUUUUUUUUUCCNCUC